UGAGCUCUGUCUUCUGUAAUCAUAUCUCCUAAUAUUCGCCUUUAGUUUCAACAGGAAACUUCUGCAGGAUGGGGGAGAUUGGAGUUCCGAGAGAAAUGUUCCUGUGGAGUAUGGCGAUUAUUUAUUUAUUCGCUUUUGCAUCGCUCUACAUCCAGAUACCAGGUCUGUUCGGGGAUGAAGGGGUCGUACCUGUGCGACUCCAGAUGCCCCGGGAGGCGAUUCCUGUGGAGAAACAGUUGCUGGCUGCCCCAUCCCUCCUGUGGCUGGCGCCGUACUUGGGCAUUGGAGCUCAGCAGGGAAUGGAGCUCAUCUGUCUGCUAGGGGUGCUGCUGAGCCUAUUAGCAGUGUUGGUGGGUGUGUUCAGAGACAGCCUGGUGUACUUCUGCCUCUGGGCCCUUUAUCUCUCUCUCUACACGGUUGGGGGAGAUUUCCUUCAUUCUGAAUGGGACAAUCUAUUGUUGGAAGCUGGUUUUCUGGCCCUCCUGGUUGCUCCUUUCUUACGAAGAUCCUCCUCAACCCACGAUGCUGUGACCUUUUGGUUGGUGCGCUGGCUACUCUUCAGGCUUGUGUUUAGCACAGGUGUAAGCAAGCUAGCCAGCAAAGACCCAUCCUGGUGGGAUCUCACAGCAUUGAGUCGACAUUAUCAGACCCAGGAAAGCCCCACUCCACUGGCCUGGUAUGCCUACCAGCUUCCUAAUUGGCUGUUAAGGCUUGGUGCAGUUGGUGUACUGGCAGUGGAGAUUUCUGUUCCUCUACUGAUGUUCUUAAUUCCUGUGCAUGGCUUGAGAAGCGGUGCUUUUUGCAUUCAGGUUUUCACGCAACUGUGUGCAAUUCUUCUGGGUGGCUGCAACAUCUUCAACCUGCUUACCAUCGCACUGAGUUUCUCUCUGCUGGAUGAUGAGCAUUCUGCCUGCUGCACAGCCCUCAAGAAAAAAGCCAAGACUAGGACUUGGGGCCAGUUUUUUGUUUCGGCUCUGACAUUCCUCUUCAGGCUUGCCAUCUACCUGCUGAUUAUCUUCGGUGCAAUGAAGUUUUUUAAACUGGAGUUCAACUGGGAAAAGAAGAUUGUGACAUCAAAAACAACCUUUACAGAAAACCAAUUCGAUGAGUUCAUGAGGAACAUCCAGGCUCCUACCGUUUGGAUGGGAGUGCUCUCUCUGACUUGGGAAGUGGUAGCUGCUAUGCUCAAAUGUUUGUAUGCUCGAGGCAUUUUAGGCAAGCUGUGGGCGCUUAUUCAAUGGGUCAUUUUCUCUGCUGCAGCCGUGGGUGUUUUAACGCUCAGUGUCGUUCCAUACACUGCCCUGACAGGAACCACCAGUAACAUUUUACCGGAGGUGAGACUGGCCUACAGUGUGGUGGAAAAGUAUCAACUAGUCAGUUCAUAUGGCACUCAGCACAGAACGAUCCCUCCUGCCGGAAGGCCUGAAAUCAUCAUUGAAGGCAGUGAUGAUAAAAAAACAUGGACGGAACUGAACUUCAUGUAUAAGCCCGGCAGUGUGAGUGGGGCUCCUGUAGUUCUCGGUCCACACGAGCCUCGGUUAGAAGAGCUGCUGUGGGAAGCUGCUCGUGGAGGACACGACCAAAGCCCCUGGUUUACAGGCCUGAUACAGCGCCUGCUGGAGGGCAAAGAGGAUGUGGAGAGUCUAGUGCAGGUGGAUGAAGCUCAGUAUCCUUUCAGCUCCACUCCACCGGAAUUUGUUAGAGCCAAGGUUUACCACUACCAUUUUACCCGCACUGCUGAAGAUGGAACUCAGCCGAAGGCCUGGUGGAAAAGGGAGUUUGUGAGGGACUUCUUUCCCACAGUGCACUUGGGUGAUUCUGUACUUACUACGCUGCUGAAUGAGGCUGGACUAAAGAAGACGUUCCCAGUCCAGCCCAGUUCAGACACACAACUGUCCCAGGCUCUGAGUGUACUGCAGGGCCAUGCAAAGGGUCUGUCUGGACCCAUGCUGAUUUUAAGCUUGCUCGCUGCUGUGGCUUCUAUACUUCUUCUCAAAGUUCUCUUCUCAUGGACCGGGAGCAGUAAAGGUACAAAGCCAAAAACGGUUUCAUCUGAACAGAAAAGAAAACCCAAAGCGGCCGCCGAUGCCUCAGGGAAAAGCCAUGCAGCUUCCAGUCGAGGAGGCAAAAAGGACAACUCAGAGGAGAGGAAGCUGGACUCUGACAGAAGUCCCCGCAAGAGAAAGUAAAAGCCUGAACAGCACUUUUGGCCAUCCUCUAUCUCUGGAAAGAAGCAAUAGGGGGAGCAUUUAGUCUCAGGUGUGUGCUGACUUCAGUGGCUGUCUAAAUUCUGUAGAUUAUUCCUCUAAACCCCUUCAAUUUAUUUGGUUGACCAAAAGCAGACUAGCAUCAUCUGUUCAAUAACAGAGCCACUAGGUCUCUUAGCGAUGAAAUGUGCCAGGGCCUUUAAAUAAUCACUUAAAAUCUUAAAAACUGGGUGUAAUGUUUAUUAUGUGUAAGGACUCAAAUAAUAUAAUAUUUUCCGGUAAGCCUGUGUAUUUAACAUCACAAAUAGCUGCAGGAUUUGAUUGUAAUAAGCUGAAUGAAUUUUUUGGAAUUUAGGCUUGUUACUAGUUUAACUCCUCAAAAGGGAGUAAUGUUAAGAUGUGUAUUUUCAUCCCAUGAUGUAAACAGUUAAGAAUUAUAAAGUGUCUUUCAUAAA